AGUUAGUCUGCUUUGUCGUGGAAGAUCCUGGAGAUUUUUGCUUGUCCGGCAAGUUCAGACGGACUCAACGUUAUUAAUGCCUUGUUUACAAAUUCGUUUCUAAUAAACAUUUAAAAAUGAGUUUAGAAACGUGGGUUAGCGAUCAGUUAAUUGAGAUAUUGGACUUCAGUGACCGCUAUACUUCUCAGUUUUUGACAUCCCUGGCUCAUAAAAGUUCUUCAGUGAAUGAACUUAUCGAAAAAGUUCGUAGCACAGACACUAUUGAUGUGACAAAUGCAAAAGUGGUGAGUUUUCUAUCAGAGUUAUGGGGAAAGAUUCCGAGAGCUGCCCCUAAAGUAAAUGUUGAAAGAAUUGCCGCCAAGCAACAAGAACAAGCCAUGUUAGCAAUGAUCGAAAAAAACAAGAGAUAUAAGCUGAUAGAAGACAGCGAUGAAGAAGGAAUGGCACCACCUCCACCACCAGUAAAUAAAAAGAUCAAGAAGGAAAAGAAGAAGUCUGAUUCAAGCAGUGAAGAUGAAGAUGAAAAACAACGAGUCAAGGAUUUGAAGGAAAGAGAUGAGUUCUCUGAACGUCUUAAACUCAAAGAUAAAGAUAAACAGAGGAAUGUGGUUACUGUGGGAAAAGGUUUUGCUGAAGCUGCAAAGAGGCUUCAAAUGGAGGCUGAAGACAAAGCCAGUGUUAUUCCCAAACUCAGAGUGGAAUCACGUCGAAAAUAUUUGGAGAAGCGAAAAGGAGACAAGAUUAAUGAAUUGGAAGCAGAUAUUUUCGACGAUGAGUACUUGUUUGAUGAGCAACAACUCACGGAGCGUGAACGAAAGGAUCGUGAAUACAAGAAAAAAAUUCUCAGUCUUGCGAAAGAACAUGACAAAGCACGAGAAUUGGAAUUGGUUCAACGAUACCAUAUGCCCGAUGAUAAGCGGGACAAAGCAAUGCCUGAUAGGUACGUCGAGAUAGAUGACCGUGAAAAGCAACCUCAUUCCGAACAAAAAGUUUGGGAAGAUGCUCGCAUGGCCACUGCUCAGUGGAAUUUCGGUGCCAGAGAUGCAAAACAGCGUCUUCAGGAGAAGGGAAAAGUUCAUGAUUAUGACCUCUUAUUGGAUGACACCAUUGACUUUAUCCAAACAAACCAACUUGCAGGAACCAAGGGUAUCGAAGAACAACCUGAGGUAAGCGACAUCCAGAAAAAGAAAAUGUCUCUUCAGGAUACGAGGAAAUCGCUUCCAAUAUUUCCGUUUCGCGAAGACUUACUCCAAGCCGUCGAAGACCAUCAGAUCCUGAUCGUGGAAGGAGAGACUGGAUCAGGAAAAACGACGCAAAUUCCCCAGUAUCUGUACGAAGCGGGAUACUGUAAAGAUGGCAAGAAAGUCGGUUGUACCCAACCACGUCGAGUUGCAGCCAUGAGUGUUGCUGCUCGUGUCGCCCAGGAAAUGGGCAAGAAACUUGGUAACGAAGUAGGCUACAGCAUUCGCUUUGAAGAUUGCACGUCAGAGAGGACUGUUAUCAAGUACAUGACUGACGGUAUGUUGCUGCGUGAAUUUCUCUCUGAGCCCGAUUUGCAGAGCUAUAGUGUCAUGAUUAUUGACGAAGCCCACGAGCGAACACUCCAUACCGAUAUCCUUUUUGGGCUGAUCAAGGAUAUUGCACGGUUUCGACCUGAUUUGAAGCUGCUAAUUUCCAGUGCUACAUUGGACGCUGAAAAGUUUUCCGAUUUCUUCGACGAAGCUCCUAUAUUUAGGAUUCCCGGUCGAAGAUUCCCAGUCGAAAUUUUUUACACCAAAGCUCCAGAGGCUGAUUAUAUCGAUGCUUGCGUUGUCACUAUUCUACAGAUUCACGUCACUCAAGACUCGGGUGACAUUCUUGUCUUUCUUACUGGUCAAGAAGAAAUUGAAACGGCACUGGAGAGUCUGACAGAACGUACCCGAAGAUUGGGCACCAGGAUCAAAGAGUUGCUCAUUCUUCCUAUCUACGCCAAUUUACCGUCAGACAUGCAGGCAAAAAUUUUCGAGCCAACGCCUCCCGGAGCGCGGAAAUGCAUUCUGGCUACGAAUAUCGCAGAAACGUCUUUGACUAUUGACAACAUUAUCUUCGUCAUUGACCCAGGCUUUUGCAAGCAAAAUUCCUAUAAUGCCCGAACUGGCAUGGAAUCCCUUGUUGUCGUUCCUAUUUCGAAAGCGUCGGCGAAUCAACGAGCUGGACGUGCUGGACGUGUAGCAGCUGGCAAAUGUUUCCGCCUAUACACAGCAUGGGCCUACAAGCACGAGCUCGAAGAGAACACUGUGCCAGAAAUUCAGCGAGUUAAUUUAGGCAACGUCGUUCUGCUUCUCAAAUCACUUGGAAUCAACGAUUUGAUUCACUUUGACUUUUUGGAUCCGCCUCCGCACGAGACUUUGGCUUUGGCACUGGAACAACUCUACGCUCUAGGAGCCCUGAACCACAUGGGCGAAUUGACCAAGCUGGGCAGGCGGAUGGCUGAAUUCCCCGUUGAUCCUAUGAUGGCGAAAAUGCUCCUGGCAUCCGAAAAGUACAAAUGUUCGGAAGAGAUCGUCACCAUUGCAGCCAUGCUCUCAGUCAACAGUGCAGUCUUCUAUCGACCCAAAGAUAAAGCAAUUCAUGCCGACACGGCUCGAAAGAAUUUCUUUUCACCGGGUGGCGACCAUUUUACCUUGCUCAACGUUUACAACCAAUGGGUUGACACGGAUUUCUCGACGCAAUGGUGCUUUGAAAACUUCAUCCAGCAUCGAUCAAUGAGACGCGCAAGGGACGUCAGAGAACAGCUUGUCGGCCUUGUGGAAAGAGUUGAAAUUGACAUGGUUUCUAAUAAAGAAGAUUUAGUGGCUAUCGGCAAGGCGGUUACGGCUGGAUUCUUCUACAACACAUCGCGCCUGUCCAAGACGGGCGGAUACAAGACAGUCAAACACAAUCAAACUGUGCUCAUCCACCCAAACAGCUCAAUGUUUGAGGAACUUCCUCGUUGGCUCAUCUAUCACGAACUUGUAUUUACUACUAAAGAGUACAUGAGGCAAGUUAUUCAGAUUGAGAACAGUUGGCUUCUGGAAGUGGCUCCGCACUACUACAAAGCCAAGGACCUGGAAGACACAACUACUCGCAAGAUGCCUAAAAAUAAGGGCAAAUCACGGGCGGAGUUGGGUGACCAUUGAAAUUGACCACACCACUGAAAUGAAUCUUGAAAAAAAAUAUUCCGUGAUGCAUCAUUUUUUAGUGAUAACAUGCAUAUUGAAAAGGUGCGUGCCCAUCACCUUCAGGUUUUAUCAGUGUUAUUUGUCAUCUUGUGAUCUUUUGGGGCCGAUAAAUAUACAGUCUUUUUUUUUCUA